AUACUUUCCAAAAAACAUGUCACGGUCAUGGUUGUUUUGUUGUAGCAUGAACAGCCAUUUUAGAAAGAAAAAGUGUAUUAACCUUAUAGAUACGUUGAGCAAAAGCUAUUCUCAAGUAUCGAUAGCAGGGAUUCCAUCCUUUGUCAAAGUUGUUGAAGUGGGUCCUAGAGAUGGCCUGCAGAAUGAGAAAGAGCUUGUCACCACAGCCGCCAAGAUAGAACUGGUUAACAAGCUGUCCCUGGCUGGCAUCAGAAAUAUAGAAGUGACCAGCUUUGUGUCUCCAAAAUGGGUGCCACAGAUGGCGGACCAUACAGAAGUGAUGAAAGGGAUCACCAGAUAUGACAAUGUUGUCUACUCAGCCCUUACACCUAACCUCAAAGGCUUUGAAGCUGCUUUGGAGGCGGGUGCAAGUGAGGUGGCCAUUUUCGGAGCAGCUUCAGAGAGCUUUAGCAAGAAGAACAUCAACUGUACAAUAGCUGAGAGUAUAGAUAGGUUUGGGGCGGUGGUGACAGCUGCCAGCAGGGCAAGGCUACCUGUUAGAGGGUAUGUGUCAUGUGUGCUUGGUUGCCCGUAUGAGGGAGACAUUGCCCCGCAGAAGGUGGCUCAAGUUGCCAAACUUAUGUAUGAUCUCGGUUGUUACGAGAUCUCGUUAGGUGACACGAUUGGUGUGGGUACCCCAGGGGCUAUGAAGGCGCUGUUGGCUGAGGUCAGCAAGGUCAUUCCCGUGGAGAAACUCGCAGUCCACUGUCAUGACACGUACGGCCAGGCACUCGCCAACAUUCUGGCUGCUCUACAGAUGGGUGUAAGUGUGGUUGACAGCUCAGUUGCGGGGCUGGGUGGAUGUCCAUACGCCAAGGGUGCGAGUGGUAAUGUCUCUACGGAGGACGUCGUCUACAUGCUGCAUGGGCUCAACAUCAAAACGGGUAUACAUAUUGAAAGAUUGAUAGAAGCCGGCCAGUUUAUCUCCAAAGUGUUAAAGCGACCAACACAUUCCAAGGUUGCCCAAGCAACAAAGUCUUCACUGUAGAGCUCUGGAUGUGGAACAAAGUCUUCACUGUAGAGCUCAGGAUGUGGAACAAAGUCUUCACUGUAGAGCUCUGGAUGUGGAACAAAGUCUUCACUGUAGAGCUCUGGAUGUGGAACAAAGUCUUCACUGUAGAGCUCUGGAUGUGGAACAAAGUCUUCACUGUAGAGCUCUGGAUGUGGAACAAAGUCUUCACUGUAGAGCUCUGGAUGUGGAACAAAGUCUUCACUGUCGAGCUCUGGGUGUGAAACAAAGUCUUCAUUGUAGAGCUUUAGAUGUGAAACAAAGUUAUCAUUGUAGAGCUCUGGGUGUGGAACAAAGUCUACACUGUAGAGCUCUGGAUGUGGAACAAAGUCUUCAAUGUAGAGCUCUGGGUGUGGAACAAAGUCUUCACGGUAGAGCUCUAGAUUUGGAACAAUGAUUUCACUGUAAAGCUUUUGAUGUGAAACUAGUUUAUAACAUAGUCAUUUUGGUGCACUGAAAAGACAUCAUCAUCAGCUGUGGUGUAGUGAUUUACAUAUGGGACCAGCAAUCCAGUGACAUUAGUUUGAUCCCUGUGUGUUAGCAAAGUUUUUGAUGCAUAUUUAGUACCGUAUUUAUUAUUUAUACAGUGACGAAGUGUUGUUUUAAUAAUGGUGUGUUUAUGGUUAUGUGUGGGAAUGAGCACUUACUUGUGAACAAAGUCUCCACUUAAAUAUAAUGCACCAGUCAAUUGACCCCCCAGGUCCGGGAGUAUUCCAGGGAUAGCUGGGGAAAUGGGCCGUGUUUUUACCUUUCAGGUGGCCCCGCAGUGCCGGGUGAAUGCGAGGUUUUGUCUUCCCUUUAAAUAUAGCGUGGAAAAGGCCUUACCUAGGGUCCCUGGGGUCCGGGGGUAUUUGGUGGGGAUUUUACAAUCUGUUUGUCCCCGCAGGGAUUUUAGCCGGGGUGGGCUGGACCGAAAGUCAAAGUCCCCGCUAUUCCCCGGACCUGGGGGGCCGUGGUUACAAUUGACUGGGGCAUAACAUUACAGUUUGUUGAACCUUUGCUUUGAGGAUAUUCUUACAAGCAAGAUGUUUUUGACAUCAGCUUAUAUUUUUAUUUUGUAUUUGUAAUUAUAACUGAAUUGAUCUUAUUGAAAGCAAAGUAUUCAGUGAUAUAAAGCAUUUAGCUUUCCAAUAUUUUGUUUUUAAGUUUAAACAGUAUAUAUUCUGCAAUGAUUGUGAAGAAAGUUAUGAUAACUUAUACUAAGUCACUCUUGUUGGCACGAUGUUGCAGAGAGUGUGGUCUUUUGUUGUGGGGGAAACCGGAAUGCCUGGAGAAAACCCACUUGUCCCGCUUGGUGACCACAAACCAAACUUCCAUUUUAAUUUUCUUAAUGAUGUUCUUUUAUAGUUUUUCAUUUUUAUAAAAUACUUUUGCUGCAAUUAAUCCCAAUAUCAUUAAGCAGUUUAAAUGUGAUAUUGCCAUAAGUCUAGAUAUUUCAGACAAAUCAGGAAAAGAAUAUUUUCCAAACUGUUUUUCGUAUUUUUUUGCAAUUAAGGCACAAAAUUCAUUAACUUGCGACACUAUUCAAAAUGUGUGGAAGUUUGUUCUGUUGUGUCAAGUUUUUGUUGUUUGAUGUGUAUACAUUUCUAUUGGCUUGAAUAUGUUAUCACUAUUGUUUAGAAAUAUCCAAUACCACCAUCAUUGAUUUGUACAAGGGGUGUCCGGUCAGUUUGCAGAAAUAUAAUG